AUGCGUAUCCCCUCGUUCGCUCAGCUCAAGUCGUUCAUCCGCCGCGUACUUGGACUCCCCAUGCCUUCUCUCUUCGACAGUGUGUUUGAUGCACAGGUCAAUGAGGCGACAAUGCCCGUCGAUCCCGUCCUGAGACUAUACAUCGCAGCCAGGGGUCGCAGGAGCUCCGACUUGGAAAGCACCCUCUCAGACUCCCCCGUGCGCAUCCAGACCGUACGGCUAAUGAAGCGCCUGAACACCCGCUUCGAGCACGAGUACCUCGUCGCUGAUCUCGUCAGCGGCAACGGACGGCGGACGAAUGUCAUUGUCAUCGGUGAGCUCAAGGUCGAACGCGCAUACGACUCGAGGCAUGGCAAUGCACUCAAGAACGCCUCUGCGGACGCCUCCCGCGCGUCCUCCGACUCCACCCCGGGCCCUUCCACCCCCUCAGGCUCCUCCCCCCUCUCCGCUAUGUUCAACAGGGAUCCUAUUCCGGCGAAAGACACUAUCACCUUCAACCCCGCUAACACCAGCGCCGAUACAACCGUGUUCCUAUACACGUUCGGCGAGGCGUCUGCCCCUUCCCUCUUGGACCUCCUUGUCGCCGCCGACACCCUCAGCAGCCAAUAUGCAGAAUACAUACUCUUCGAGCGCCAGUGUUACUGGUAUGCCGGGAUGCUUCUCCGCGUACUUCUGGGCGACAUCGACGCCGACCCUAAAGUAAGACCCGGCGCCGCCGCGCAGAAUACCCGGUUCUCUCCUGCAUUCAUACUGAAUUCUGAGGAUGCCCCACCCGCCGAACCCGUCCUCGCGGGACGGGCGGGGACAUUCAAGAACUUGUUUAACAUCGUCACGCAGCGGGACAUCGACUUGUUGUACCACAGCGAAAUCAAGCAGGCCUACCAGUCGAGGCAAGCAGAAGUUCGCGAGCUCCUGGAGGCCCCGCGGCUUGUCGCACGCCAGGCGGAGGAAGACAGACAGGCACGGCGCGAGGCUGAAGAAGCUCUGCAGAAGUCUGCACAGGAGACCGCACGCCAGGCGGAGGCCGCACAGGAGGCCACACGCCAGGCGGAGGCCGCACGGGCACGCGAGGAAUCUGCGCGCCAGGCGGAGGCGGCCGCACGGGCACGCGAGGAAUCUGCGCGCCAGGCGGAGGCGGCCGCACGGGCACGCGAGGAAUCUGCGCGCCAGGCGGAGGCGGCCACACGGGCGCGCGAGGACGCUCUGCAGGAGGAAAUGGCACGCAUGCGCGAAGAACUCUCUCGUCUCAAAGUGGCUGCGACUGAAAGCCAUGGGGCCCCGCCUCACGCUCAGUAA